UCUUUCAUUAAUCAAAUGAGAAUUUUAGGAUGAUUUCAUAUUAAUUUAUUUCCAGACUAGUAGUUGAUAGAUAGAGAUACCUUGCAACAUUGGGGUCCAUAUAUAGCUUGAUCAAAUCCCAGUCUUGGCUCAUUCUCAUCAUCAUCUGAUCAUCAGUAGCAGCAUAAGUGGAUUGCACUCAAAGACUUGAGAUUUCGAAAGUCAAACCGAUCAUCAUCAAUGGAGGUUCCUGCUGGUUUUCUGCUUGUUUCCCUUCUGCUCUUUUCUUUUGCAGCUACUGGCUAUGGUAUCACCUUCUCCUCCCUUCCAAGGAGUCUUGUGGUUACCACUUCACCCACACAGGGCCAAGUUCUGAAGGCAGGGGAAGAACAAAUCACAGUGACAUGGGCGUUGAACCAGACCUUCCCAGCUGGGACAGACUCAGCCUACAGGACCGUAAAAGUGAAGCUAUGCUAUGCACCCAUCAGUCAAAAGGACAGAUCUUGGAGGAAAACGGAGGAYGAAAUGAAGAAGGACAAGACCUGCCAACACAAGAUUGURUCUAGGCCAUACAGUGCUUCAAACAACUCCUUUUCAUGGACCAUCAUGAGAGACAUUCCUUCUGCAACAUAUUUUGUGAGGGCGUAUGUAUUCAACGCUGAGGAUCAUGAGGUGGCCUUUGGUCAGAAUACAAAUGCAGAAAGAGCUACCAACUUGUUUGAAGUCCAAGCAAUCACAGGUCGCCAUGCGUCCCUUGAUAUUGCAUCCGUCUGCUUUUCUGCUUUCUCCAUAGUCGCAUUGGCCGGUUUCUUCUACAUGGAAAAGAGCAAGGGAAAGGCAUCCCAACAGAAAUGAGAUUAUCAGCAGGGUGGGAAUUAAGGUCCUAUUACUUGCUGAAAAGAAAGAGUCCUAAUUUCGUUUUAAUAUGGUGGUGUCCUACAAAACUCAUCACAGAUCACAUACUGGUGCAGUAUUGGGAGAAGGGAUAAAUAAAAAUAUGAUUGUGAUAGAAAUGAGUUAAUCAUGUUUGUAUUAUUGAAAAUAGAAUAGAAAAUGCUCUCUUCAUUGUAAUGAACCCGGAUGUUUAAGUAAUGAAAAUGUGUUCUUUCCAUA